UUUGUUCUCUAGCGCAAUACCUCAUGUCUGGUUCAUGCACCGUUCCCUUAGAAGUCGGCCCAGGACGCACAUUCUCCCAGGGCGUCAGUCGUGACGUUGCCCACAUCUGUGAGGCCUACAACGGCGAGCCCCUUCUGCACCAUCACCACCACCUUGUCUGGAAGCGUGCAUGACGAAGGCGAAGAAAACGAAGUCCGAAACGGCAUGGCAUCGCCAUUGCAUUUUCAGCUCCCGUUUCCCAAAAGAGCACCCGAGUCAUUUAGUGUCAAAGGUAGAUACAUCCAAGAGGAAAGAAUGACUUCUGCAAGAGUGGUCGUACUCGUGUCUCUUCUCUACCCGGUGAUGUUAGGGCGGGACAGCAGCGUUGAAGCCCGCGAGCUCAAGCUCAGCAAGAGAACAGAGAGAGAACAGCGACAGGUUGCCCCGCAGACACCCGCAUAUAGGAUGUCCCAAAGUACAACAGGAGCCAUCAAACAAGAACAGGAGGGCUGGACCGAGGGCUGGACCAUUGAUGAUGCCCAUCUUGCCGACGAAGAGCCAUCGGCGGACAUCCUAGGUGGAAUUCUACGUCGAAUCAACAGCACGACCCCUUUGGUCCCCAGAGAUUCCGUGCAGAAGAUCAUCAUCGUUUCGCACUUCAGGUCGGGAUCAAGCUUUGUCGGUCGGCUGCUGGAAUCCAUCCCUGGAACAUUCUACUUCGACGAACCCUUGCGGCUCAUCAGCCGGAAGGCCGCACGUUUCAACGACAGCGUGUUCCAAGAAACGGGAAGCGGUCUGCUACAGGAGCUGUUUCGCUGCGCCUUCAACACGCAUACACCCCUCGAUAAGCUGCACGACAUGCAACUGGUGCCGUACAUGAACAAGAACAAGUUUCUACGCUCCUUGUGCGACACAAGAUGGCGACUGUGUUUCAGAACUGAAGUCGUCAACAGCGUCUGUCUAAGAGCUAAACUGCAAGUCAUGAGGGUGCUCCGAUUGCACAUGAGCCAACUCCACCACUGGGUGAAAGCCAAUGCAGACCUUGGACCCUUUAAGGUCCUCCACGUGGUCAGAGACCCAAGAGGAACCGUCGCUUCAAACUACAGACAUUCCACUUGCAAAGUGUCCAAAUGCUACCGCUACAAGACGCUCUGCGAACACUUGCGGGAAGACAUCAAGUCGUAUGACAGGCUCAAACGCAGAUAUCCUCAGAAAACGUUCAGGAUACGUUUCGAAGACCUUGCCCUCCACCCUUUCAAAGAAACGCCCGCGUUAUUCGAUGACCUGAACCUUCCUCUGUCGGAGUCUGUGGCGAAAUACCUCCGGUCUCGUAGCAAGAAGGGUCGCAUGUCACACUCACAGCACCGUUCCGUGCGGUCCCCCUUCCACUGGACAAAGCUGCUGUCCUUCCCCAGCGUGUCGAGAAUUCAGAAGACCUGCGCAGACGUUCUUAAUGCGGUGGGCUACAAGAUGUUUUCAAGGAAUGAAGAAAUGCACGAGGCAGUGCCCAUUUAUCCGGGACCUCAUGCCGCGACUGAGCCUAUGCCUCUGACAACCAGUUCGGAUCCAGAUUUUGAGGACCACGACGAUGGAAGGCUUCUGGAUUAAGACCUUGUUUUUGUUUUUCUUCUCUUCUUCUCUAAUAAGUUCGAUAUGAUUAUACGUAGUCAGCUAAUUUUCGCGUUCACUUUCAGUAUGUAUUCUUAAUAAUGUAACUCAGUGAGUACUUGAGGACGGCACAGAUAGUAGUAGAUGAAAUAAACCGCACUGUUGCGAUUAGUAACAGAAAAAGACA